AUGUUGUGUGGAGAGUUCCACAGAGCUCCCAUAGGUUUGCAUUUGAAUAGCGUUUUUCUUUCGGCAAAUCCUAGUCCCUACUGCGCUCUGCUAACUCUAGUUCGUGGAAUGGCUGCAAUUACUGCGCAAGCUGUUCACGAUGAUGAGGACAUUUUUCUCGAAAAUGGCCUCCUAAGUUAUGAGAACCCGAAUUACCGCUUAGGACCCUCCAAUCGUCUCGACGAUGCUUUAAAUUCAAACACCGAUAACCUUUACGAGAAUAUUUAUCAGGAACUCGACGAGAUCUGCAAUAUGGGACAUGGAGUGAAAGGAUCUAUAACUACCAAUGCCAGCAGGAAGGCCUACGCGGCUUUGGACAUCAACUCCAUGGGUGUAGACGUCAAUAAAGGACCUUUAACCCAAAAUUACGUAGAUAACAGGAGGGGUAAUGAGUGGAAUGGAAAUUCUAUGUCUGAUAAGGACCUGAGUGAAAGUUCUACUGUCUGGGAAAAUUUAUUUGAUAGAACUAAAAUGACUAAAGAGGACGAGAACGGUAUACAGCACAUUGUAGGUAGCAUAACUAACGAUUUAUACGCCGUACCAAUGAGAAAAUGUCCAAAACCUGCGGACCAAAUAGAAACGAUUAAUUCGCCAGAGAAGGAAUGGGACAAUCAAAACGAAUUGCCUCCUGGAUGGGAAAAACAUGAAGAUAAUGAUGGUCCUUAUUAUUGGCACAUAAAGAGUGGAACUAUUCAACGAGAAAUACCGAUCGUAGAAAAUGAAAAAUUAGAAAAAUCAAAUUCCAAAUCAAAUCUAAAGGAUGCAAAUUUAAUUUCAUCGUUCGAAAGUAAUUUGUCUGUUACUAGGAGUAGCACCAGUUCAGCUUUAAAUUUGGAGAGUGACGACAGGAAGAGGAAAGAAGAAAUAGCUUUAAAGAGAAGGAGUUUUCCUUCGAAACCUGACCAAGAUUGUAAAGAACGUCCUAUUAGAUUUGCAGUUCGGUCACUCGGAUGGGUGGAAAUAUCCGAAGACGACCUAACUCCGGAACGUAGCAGUAAAGCUGUAAAUAAAUGUAUUGUCGAUCUAUCUUUAGGAAAAAACGAUUUGUUGGACGUAGUCGGAAGGUGGGGCGAUGGUAAAGAUUUAUUUAUGGACUUAGACGAAGGAUCUUUAAAAUUAUUCGAUCCCGAAAACCUAACUGUUUUGAAUACUCAACCUAUUCAUACCAUAAGGGUUUGGGGAGUAGGAAGAGACAACGGAAGAGAAAGGGAUUUCGCUUACGUAGCUAGGGACAGAACUACUCGCAAACAUAUGUGUCACGUAUUUAGAUGCGACAUGCCCGCUCGAACCAUAGCGAAUACUCUUAGGGAUAUAUGCAAGAAGAUAAUGAUCGAAAGGAGCUUGCAACAAAAUUUAGGAAAAGCCGUCGACGUAAACGGAAAAUCUAUAGCAGCGACUAGACCAAAUAAUCUACCUACGGAACACAGACGUCCGACUAGAAAUUCACAAGCUUUUAUUUCUCAAUCUUUUCCAACACCAAUGGAAGAACCAAAAAAGAUUCUCAGAGCCCAGUAUUUAGGUUGCACGCAAGUAACAGCAGCGACAGGCAUGGACAUUCUCAACGAAUCGAUAGAUAGGUUGGCUACAACUGUGCCACCCGACCAAUGGCAACCCGUCAAUAUAUCUAUAGCUCCGUCUAUGAUCAGUAUUCAUCAUCCACAUGAUGAACGGGUUUUAGCAGAAUGCAGAGUACGAUAUCUAUCGUUUCUGGGUAUAGGCAAAUUAAUCAAACAUUGUGCAUUUAUAAUGCAUACGGCACAAGAUACUUUUAUGGCGCACGUAUUUUAUUGCGAACCAUCAUCAGGCGCUUUGUGUAAAACUAUUGAAGCAGCUUGCAAACUUAGGUAUCAGAAAUGCCUAGAUGCUCAUCCUCAAAGUAUGGGGAAUUCUAGCACUAAUGUACAUACGCCUGGAAGCAGUAUUGGAGCAGCUUUAAAAUCAAUUGUGGGAUCACUUCGGGGCAGAAAGAGCAAAAGUGCAGAGUCUUGA